AUGCAUUACUUGAAGUUGCCUUGGUCUCACGGACAGGCAGAUCUUGUUCAUGAAGGAUUUCCUACAGCCAUGACUUUUGUAGAUGCUGCACUCAGUCGUCAUGAAGGCGUGCUCAUCCAUUGCCAGUGCGGCAUCUCCCGCUCAGCUACACUGGUCAUUGCUCUUGUCAUGCGCGCCGCUGCCAUGUGUUUACCUAACGUACCCCCUGAGGUGUGGCAGCUGAAAGGCAUGCAAGCAGCAUACUCAUUUGUAAAAGAGAAAAGUAAGCAUGUUGGUCCAAAUAUGUCUCUCAUUUACCAAUUAUUGGAAUAUGAAAAGGCCCUCAAAGGCGGCGGUCCCUCGCCCGCCGAAUCAGACAAGUCUUCCUUCAUCAGUGACGAAGAAAAGGAGUGGGGUCGCCGCCGUAACGCGUACGGUAAUGAUGAAACGGAUGACAGAGACGAUGCUAUCCAACAGGAGGCCAAAGACCUCGACCGGGCUAUGGAAGAACGCAUAAUCGCAAGGAAACCUUCGGUAUCCUCUGUUGCUUCCUCAUCGGGGGUCGGCAUGGGUCCGGCGUGGCGCAGCCGAUAUGGGCGCAAGCGAACUGGCUCAGUUGCCAGCAUCCAUACUACCGGCAGCGUCCUGAGCGAGGAUUUGGUUGAAGCGGACGAGGAACAAGAGCUAUUAGGAAUUGGUGGAGGCUUCGAUGAAGCCACCGAACCUCGAAGAAGUCCGUGUUUGUCAUUAUCCAGCGAAUCGCCUGGCACAAGCGAACCUAGUACUCAACCUUCGUCUUGUAAAGCUCCACUCCAUCGCCCACCCUUACGAAGCAAAUCGUUUGAUCCCGUGCCUUCGGCACCUGCAACGAAACUAACAUUCAAUAUUCAUCAAACUCCCGGCACGGCAGUACAAUCGACUUUCAACUUCCCUGCGGGCAAGGGCAAGCGGCGACCGCCGCCGUUGGGCAUACUACCCCCGGUACCCCCUUCCCCCAUCACACCUAUCGCUGUACAAGACAGUCAAGAGACACCUCGUACCCGUCGCCGGACGCCGGCCCGUAAACCAGCGCCACCCCCGCUCAAGCUCCGCGAAAACGCCAGUCAAUUUGUAUUUCCCCCGAAAACUACCCCAUCACGACAACUUAUUGCUGCGACGCCCUCUCAGACUCUGUUCGUCUUCCCACCUUCACCCAAGCAUCUCACGACCGCAUUGCGCACGCCAUCUACUAUGACUGUAACAUCCAAUGUACAGAACACCGCCUACCCGUUUCCAUCACAACACACCCCUCGGGUGUCCACCUCUCGCUCUCAUGGUCGUUUGAGGUCUUUCAUUGGCGUCGGGACUUCGGUGGCACCGACAACGGCAUAUUCUCGUGUAGAUGCACGAGGUUGGGUUGGAUUGGAGUAA